GCAAAGCCCUUACUUUAAUCUAACAUGUAACGGAAAAAUCAACAACGCAAUAAAUAAAGACUGUAUUGUUUUAACUAAUCCAUUUUAGUCGCUGCUGUAACUACACAGUGUGCACAGUUUUGGAUUGAAUAAAUAACACUACAAAAUUCAACUGAAAAAUGGAAGAUCCAGUAGCUAGGAAGGUAGAGGAUAACAGAAGAGUAUAUACAUAUCCACUGUUAAAACAUAGUGAUAUGAAUGAAGAUAUGCAGACUGAAGUAAUGGAACUAUGUGUGACAGCAUGUGAAAAAUUCUCAACUGAUAAUGAGGCAGCAGCUCGUUUCGUAAAAGAAACUAUGGAUAAAAAGUAUGGAGCAGCAUGGCAUGUAGCUGUUGGUGAAGGUUUUGGUUUUGAAAUUACCUAUGAUAUUAAAAACAUUUUAUACAUGCUAUGUGGUGGAAAUUUAGGCAUAAUUGUCUGGAAAUGCUGUUGA